UUUUAAAAUGUUCAUCGAAGUGUACUUUUUAGUGUUACCGGCGCGUUCCGCCAUCCUUCGACGCUAGCUUCACGUUGUCCAAGCUUUUGUCUGAUCUUCAGCAGUUGAUUUUCCACUUUCACACAAUGGCGACUCUUCCUAUGAAUCCCAAGCCAUUUUUGAAUGGCUUGACUGGAAAACCAGUCAUGGUGAAGCUCAAGUGGGGCAUGGAGUACAAAGGAUAUUUGGUGUCUGUCGAUGGAUAUAUGAACUUACAGCUUGCAAACACUGAAGAAUAUGUUGAUGGGAUGUUGGCUGGAAAUCUUGGAGAAGUCUUGAUAAGAUGCAAUAAUGUUAUGUACAUCAGAGGAGUGGAAGAGGAAGACGAAGAAGGGGAGAUGAAAGAUUAAAUCUGCUCUCUUGUCACUGACCCUAUUUCAUGAAACACAUAUGGAGAAAUGCCAUCAUGUAAUUAUUUCACCAAACUGUUUUUUUUUUUAUAAAAGUUUUCAUGUUUCUGGAAUAAAAAUGUUGAUACAUGUGAA